AUGGGUAAAUCCAGAGUUGCUCCGAUCAAGAUAGUCACAGUGCCAAGGUUGGAACUCGCCGCAGCUGUCUUAUCAGUGAGAAUGAGCUCAUUUCUUCGAACGGAAUUAGGUCUCAAAUUUGACAGAGAGGUCUUUUGGACUGACAGCCGAGUGGUUUUGGGGUACAUCAAGAACGAGUCAAGAUGCUUUCAUGUAUUUGUCGCAAAUAGAGUACGCCAGAUCAGAGACGAAUCAUCACCCUUGCAGUGGAGGCAUAUCGGCACUAAGGUUAAUCCAGCUGACGGAGCAUCAAGAGGUCUUAUGGUUGAUCAAGUCGAAUCAUCAAAGUGGCUUGCAGGUCCAGACUUCCUUUGGGAAAAGGAAAUUCCAGAUGAGGGAAAGGAGGAAGAUGUAGAUCUUUCUAAAGAUCCUGAAGUGAAAAGUCAAACCCAUGCCUCUGUGCAGAAAGUAGACGAGCUCGAAUUGGAACGUUUUGAUCAUCUCUCCAGUUGGUAUCGAGCAAAGAGAGCUGUGGCAAACUGUCUACGUCUCAGAUCAUACUUACAGAGACGUUACUAUGAAAGACGGGACAAGAGAGAAAAGAAAGAUGGUGUCAAGAAUGUUGUGAUGGAACCUCUAUCUGCCGAACUACUCCUGCAAGCUGAAAAGGAGAUCAUAAAGUUGACUCAAAGGAGGACCUUUGAUGUCAUGAAAGCAGUAGAGGGUGACAAAUGGCACAAUGAAAGAGAAAGAAGACGUCACUGUAAGACCACCAGUCGUCUGCAUCAUCUUGACCCCUUCAUAGACAAUGAUGGCAUCCUAAGAGUAGGAGGACGUUUGAGGGGGUCGGACCUCUCAUUUGAAAGCAAACAUCCUGCCAUCCUACCUCAGACCCAUUUGACCAAGUUGAUCGUGUCCCAUUGUCAUACUGAUGUUGCUCAUGGAGGAAGGGGCAUGACUAUCAACCAUCUCAGAGCAAAGGGAUUUUGGAUCUUGGGUUGCAGCAACUUCGUCUCAAAAUUCAUCUCUCAGUGUGUGAUCUGUCGCAGACUUCGACAUUCUCUACAAGUGCAGAAAAUGGCCAACUUGCCAGAGGACCGUCUUACCCCGGCCCCACCAUUUACGUAUGCUGGAGUUGAUUGCUUUGGGCCGUGGAUAAUCAAAGAAGGACGGAAAGAACUGAAGCGUUAUGGACUACUGUUCACCUGUAUGGCAUCCAGAGGUGUACACAUUGAAGUUCUGAACUCUCUCACCACGGACGCAUUUAUCAACGCUCUUAGACGUUUCAUCUCUGUGAGAGGCCCUGUGAGACAACUACGAUGUGACAGGGGAACAAACUUUGUUGGUGCUGAGGCAGAGUUUAGACGAUGUGCUGAAUCCAGUAAGGAUCGAGUGAAGGACUUUCUUCUGAGGGAGGGGUGCGACUUCAUUGCCUUCAAAUUCAAUGUACCUGCUUCAAGCCACAUGGGUGGAGUGUGGGAGAGACAAAUUCGUUCAAUACGUCAAGUCCUAGAUGCUCUGCUUCAUCAGGCGGGUCAGCAACUAGAUGACGAGUCCUUGAGGACCUUGAUGUGCGAAGCAGCAGCCAUUGUAAACAGUCGCCCGCUGACCACCGAUUUUCUGAACGAACCAACUCAUCCAACUCCACUAACGCCUAAUCAUCUGUUGACUCAAAAAUCGAGGGUCAUUCUUCCACCUCCUGGGAGUUUCUCUCGAGAGGACGUCUACGCGAGGAAGCGUUGGCGACGAGUGCAACAUUUGGCGAAUGAAUUCUGGUGUCGCUGGAGGAAGGAGUUCCUCAGUCAGUUGCAGUCGCGGCAGAAGUGGACCAAGCCCCGUCGCAACAUGAAAGUUGGAGACGUAGUGAUCAUCAAGGACGUUAACGCCCCACGAAAUACAUGGCCUCUUGGAAGAAUCGUUGAGGUAUACGAAUCCAAAGAUGACUAUAUUCGUAAAGUUAGAAUUGCGGUAGGGGAUAGGAAUCUAGAUCAUAAGGGAAAACGAAAUAACCAAGUGAGUUACCUCGAUCGCCCUAUCCACAAGCUAGUUCUUCUUGUUCCGAACGUAGACCAGGAAGAAUUCCCGGCCAAGGAGCCACAGGACUGA